CGGUCACGAUCUUCCUUCCCAAACUUUCACACCAAAAAACAUUCUUUAUGCAUGCCACCAACACAUUUAUUUAUUUCACUUCACUUCACCCAUCACCCUAACCAAAACCAUCAAACAAACAAAUGGACGAAAGGCCCGAAACCGAGCUCAUAUCAAUCCCGGCUACUCCCCGCGACUCCACGCCCGAGGUCCUGACCCCGUCGGGCCAACGUUCCCCAAGGCCCCAGUCAAAGGAAGGUGGGAAGUCGUCGAAUGGAUGGACGCCAACGUCCUUUAUAUCACCACGCUUUUUGAGUCCUAUCGGGACGCCUAUGAAGAAGGUGCUGGUGAAUAUGAAGGGGUAUUUGGAGGAAGUAGGGCACUUGACGAAGCUUAACCCGCAAGACGCGUGGCUUCCUAUCACCGAGUCGCGUAAUGGCAAUGCGCAUUACGCCGCGUUUCAUAACCUUAAUGCCGGUGUCGGGUUUCAAGCUUUGGUUUUGCCUGUUGCGUUUUCGUUUCUUGGCUGGAGUUGGGGGAUCAUUUCACUAACUAUAGCUUACAUAUGGCAACUAUACACCUUAUGGAUCUUAGUUCAACUUCAUGAAGCAAUUCCCGGCAAAAGGUACAAUCGAUACCUCGAACUCGCCGAAGCAGCAUUUGGAAAUCGCUUAGGAGCAUGGCUUUCAAUCUUCCCAACUGCGUACUUAUCAGCAGGAACGGCGACCGCCUUGAUUCUUGUAGGGGGCGAAACAAUGAAACUCUUCUUCGAGAUCGUUUGUGGGCCCCUUUGUACCUCGAACCCGUUAACAACGGUUGAAUGGUAUUUGGUUUUCACAUUUUUGUGUAUUGUGUUGUCUCAGCUUCCAAACCUUAACUCAAUAGCCGGGCUCUCCCUCGUAGGGGCUAUAACCGCGAUCUUUUACUCCACCAUGGUUUGGCUCCUCUCGGUUAGCCAACAACGACCGCCUAACAUCUCUUAUGACCCCAUCGCGUUACCUUCAUUCACUUCUUCCGUCUUUUCGGCCUUCAAUGCACUUGGUAUCAUAGCAUUUGCUUUUAGAGGUCACAAUCUUGUCCUUGAGAUUCAGUCAACAAUGCCAUCGACGUUCAAGCACCCCGCUCACGUGCCAAUGUGGAAAGGAGCGAAGGUCGCGUACUUCUUUAUCGCCAUGUGUUUGUUCCCGGUAGCUAUUGGUGGUUUUUGGGCUUAUGGGAAUCAGAUGCCGCCAAGUGGGAUUUUAAAUGCGCUAUUCGGCUUCCAUCAACACGACAUCUCAAGAGGGUUGCUUGCAACGACAUUUCUACUAGUCGUCUUUAGUUGCUUGAGUAGCUUCCAGAUCUACUCCAUGCCUGUUUUCGACAACUUUGAAGCCAGCUACACACACCGCACAAACCGGCCAUGCUCAGUCUGGGUGCGGUCAGGUUUUCGUGUGGUUUACGCGUUCAUCAACUUCUUCAUAGGCGUGGCAUUGCCGUUCCUCUCCAGCCUAGCCGGAUUGUUGGGGGGACUAACCCUUCCUGUUACAUUUGCAUACCCAUGUUUCAUGUGGGUGCUCCUCAAGAAGCCCGCAAAGUAUAGCUUCAACUGGUACUUCAAUUGGUCACUCGGGUGGCUUGGGGUCGCGUUUAGUGUUGCGUUUACUAUUGGUGGGAUUUGGAGCAUCGUCGACAAUGGGCUGAAACUCAAGUUCUUCAAGCCUAGUUAAAGAUUGCUUGUUUGUGGUUUUUGUUUUUUUAUACUAAACGUGUUAUAUGAACUUGUGUUAAGUAGUUAAAAGUUUUUUAUGUGUUGAUGUAUGUUUGAGGUAGUGCAUAUUUUCAUUGUGUUAAAGGUUAUAUAAUGUAUACUUUAUAGGAUUUGAUUUCCAAA